UCCUGUGACCUCCCUGUUCAAGAUGGCCGCCUGAGUGGAGAAUUUACACAUCUCCAAAAAGAAACUAAGCCCAACAGCUAGCUUUCCCCCGAGCAACUUUACCUGCCUGAGCCUCAGAGAGAUGACACAUCGAUACGAGCGACGUCUGUUCCCGUUUUAAAACCGGAAUAUGAGCGUACUUGUUGAGGACAACGUCGGGGUUAUGGAAUAAAAACAGUGCUGGUAAGGAAUUCAGAAACAAACCCCAGGAAUUGGAGAGGGUUAAGGGCCCUUUGUUUUAGCCCAGCAUGGACAGCUUCUUCAAGGCAGCUGUAUGUGAUCUGGACAAACUGCUUGAUGACUUUGAGCUCAAUACUGAGGAACAUGAAUGCAAGUCUGUUUUCCUGAAGCCGUCUGUGUACCCGUUCUCCUCACUGGGCUCUCAGUGUUUACCCUCAGAGGCGUCCACCGUGCCACCAAACCUCCCUGACCUCAACUCUCUUCAUUAUGGUUCUGCCACCGGCUGUCCUGACCGCUCCAGCAGUCAGACCCGCAGCACUGAUGACAGAGAGGUCAGAGGUCAGCCUCUCACCGCAGUGGACCUUCUCUCCUCUGUGGAUCGCAGGCCAGCUAAGAGUUUGGCCCCUCCCUGCCCGGAUAGAGCGCUGAAGCCGGUGUGUGACCUUGUGAAUGACACGAGCUCAGCCAUCCUUGUCCGGGCCAACAGCCACAACGCUUUCAGCGAGCUGGACAUGGUGGAAAAGCAAAUGGAGGAGGAGGAGGAGGAGGAGGAGGAGGAGGAGGCGCUGCUUGUGGACUUUGAUAGCCCUGUGAUCACUGAGCAUGGACGGCCAAGCCAAAGUGCCGGCUGUAGAGACACAGAGGAAGAGAGAGACUCUGCAGCGAGGGCCGAGCUGCCGGGUUUAGAUUCCCACGAGCAGAGCGGCGAAUACUCUGCCUCGCUCAGUCUGCUGGACGUCAUUCUGCCUGCCGCAGUGGAGAGAGGCUGUGAGUCCACAAAUGAUUCACUGUCACCGAUGACCACUGAGUCAGCUGACAGAGAGGAGAGAGACUGCAAGGAGGUGGCGGAUAAGCCCUUAGACCACUGUGAAUUGGAGGCAACUCUGCCUGUUGAUAGCAUUAAAGAAACAACAACAACAACCUCAGUGAGUAAAGAGGAUGAGUCAGAAGAAGCCUCAGAUGAAGGUGAGGCAGAGUCUCCCGGAUGUCUAAACUCAGGGGCCUCAGGCAGCAAACAGUUGGGUUUAUCAUGUCUGCCCAUAGCUGUGUCCAUGUGUGCAGCUCUGGUGAGCCAGAGGACUACAGAAGAUGAGUCGGGGGCAGCUGCAGAGCAGUGUGCUGAAGCAGACGUCUCUGAGAGCACAGAGGCAGACUCCUUGUCAGCCGUGGAAGCCAGUGAGGACAUCCCAUCUUGUGUAGAGGAACCCGUCGACUCGCCUGUGUCUCAGCAGAUCGCAGAGGGCAGGGUGUCUCCAGAGGGGCAGCGUGUCUCUCUCGAACCUGCUGCUGCUGUUCCCUCUGUAGACCUCGCCUCCUGUGAUCGCUCAGAGCCCAGCCCAGACGAUCCUCCCGAGUUUGGCUUUGAAUAUCUGCCCGAGAGCGAUCAGGCUGAGCUGCUGGUUACAGACGAGGAGUUGGACGCGUUCCUGCAGGCGCACGCCGAAGCAGAGCAGAGCGGAGGCGUCUCUUAUUGCAGCACUUCUGGAGAUUUUACUCGACCCGAGAGUUUCUCUGAAGCAAACGGAGACCUGGAGGGCAGGCUCGUGGAAGAGGAGCUGAGGAGCUGUGGUCGGGAGGAUCUAGAGGGCCUGGCUUCUCCAGAAAGUGACAGAACAAUGGGUGUGUCUGUAAAUGGAAGGUUUAACACCGGUGCUCCUUCGAUUUUGCAGGACUUAAGCCAUGAAGAGCCAGAAUCCUCCUCUGGGGAAAGCCAUUCCUUGACCAGCAACACUUUCCAGUCCCAGCACAGCAGUAGCCCUGAUCAGCAGCCCUCCUAUGGAGGUGCAAGACCUAAACAGCUACACUGCCACACAGCUAGAUCUCCACCAGCGGGGGAAGAAGGAGAAGAGCAGGCUCAGACACUUUCUACACAAGGGCCAAGUACAGCAGAGGAUGAACCGAGUUCCCCCGCAAGCCCCAGUCUUACAGAGGAGCAUUCCAACAUUAGGGAUUUGAGCCCUAUGUACGCCACUCAGGACCAUCCGGAUUACAGUGUGGGGUAUGAUGAACUCUCAGAGCCCCCACCUUACCCUGGCGAGCCGCCCACAGAUGGUGCCAGGGCGGUGAAUUGGAAGAGAGAGGGGGUGGAGGAGCUGGGCAGCAGACAGCCUGCUUGGGUUCCAGACUCAGAAGCUCCCAACUGUAUGAACUGCUACCAGAGGUUCACCUUCACCAAGAGGCGGCAUCACUGUCGAGCCUGCGGGAAGGUUUACUGUGGCGUGUGCUGCAACAGGAAGUGUAAGCUGAAGUACCUGGAGAAAGAGGCUCGUGUGUGUGUCAUCUGCUUUGACACCAUACACAGAGCUCAGGCCCUGGAGCGGAUGAUGAGUCCUGCGGGUCCCAGUCCAAACCCCAACGUCCCAUCUGAGUACUGCAGCACCAUCCCCCCUCUGCAGCAGGCUCGAGCCGCCGGCACUCUUAACUCUCCUCCACCGACCGUCAUGGUGCCCGUGUCCGUUCUCAAACAGCCAAACAACGACAGUUGUCCUCGUGAGCAGAAGCGCGUGUGGUUUGCUGAUGGCAUCUUGCCCAACGGAGAGGUGGCAGACACGACCAAGCUGUCGGUGACGAGCCGCAGGAGCUCGCAGGAGUUCAGCGGCGUCGCUCCAGACCAAACACCUGGCCCAGCAGAGUCAGAGGUUGGCGUCGAUGGCUACUCCUCCGUCCCCGAAGCUUCUGGGGCGGUAGAGGUGGUUCGACCUCCGGUGUCGGGACCCUGGGAUUACGCCCUGCUCUCUGGAAUCGGUUCUUCGGUGAGCAGGGUUCCCAGUUUGCUGCCAGAAAAUGAGAACGAGCUCCCUCCUCUGCUCAUCACCACCGGAGAGGACGAAGCAGGAGAUGUUCUUAUUGAGGAAAAUCCUGCCCCCUGCCAGAUACUGCACCUAUUAGAGGAGGGAGGACCCCGACCUCUGACAUUCGUUCUGAACGCGAACUUGCUCAUCAAUGUCAAACUGGUUACAUACUGCAGUCGGCAGUGCUGGUGUUUUGGCUCUAACGGGCUGCAGGCGCUGGGUCAGAGAGAGCUGGUGUUCCUGUUGGAGUGUUUGUCCGAAGAAAAAAUUCUUCCAAAAGACCUCUUCACGCUCUAUCUCAACGUUUACCAAGAAGCCCAAAAAGGGAAGUUUAUAGAGGAGCUGGACAACGUGACGUUCACAAGCAGUUUUCUGGGCAGUAAGGAUCACGCUGGGAUGCUCUUCUUCUCUCCCACCUGUCAGCCUCUAGAUGGCCUCACUCUCCCUCCUCAGCCGUUCCUGUUUGGCGUGCUCAUCCAGAAGCUGGAGGUUCCCUGGGCCAAAGUCUUUCCGCUCAGGCUGCUUCUGCGGCUUGGAGCUGAGUACAGCGUGUAUCCCACAAUGUUGACAAGUGUGCGUUUUCGGGACUCUGUGUAUCGAGAGACGGGGCACACCAUUAUGAAUUUACUGGCUGACCUGAGGAACUACCAGUACAGUCUGUCAGUUGUGGAGGGCCUGAGGAUCCACAUGGAGAUGGGCCACAGCUACAUUGACAUUCCCAAAAGUAGCUUCAACGAGAUGCAGAAGGUGAUAAAUGCAGCCAACGAGCACGUCAUCAGUAUCGGGGCACGUUUCAGCUCGGAGGCCGACUCUCACCUGGUGUGUUUCCAGAACGAGGAGGGAAACUAUCAGACCCAGGCCAACAGCAUGCCGGGGAAGACCCGCACAGUGACUGGGGCCUGUUUUGUGGUGUUCAAUGGAGCCCUGAAAGCCUCCUCAGGCUUCAUUGCCAAGUCCAGCAUUGUUGAAGACGGGUUGAUGGUGCAAAUCCCUCCAGAGACCAUGGAGUCUCUGCGCAGUGCCCUGAGGGAGCAGACAGACUUCCACAUACCCUGCGGCAAGAAUGACGGAGGGGAGCUCAGAGAAAACGUCACUGUCCGCUGGGUCGACUGGAGAUCACCUAUCAACACAGGUAGAACUAGCGGGGUGGAUGGGAGACCUCUGGACGGCGUCCACAGCGUUAAGGUGCUGCAGGACACCGAGUUUGAGUCAGACGGACGCACCAUCAGAUGCACUGAGGUGUUCUACCAGCUCAAGACCGCAGACUGCGGCCUCGCGUCUGUGCUGUCGUCCUGCAGCGUGUUUCAGAGGGAGAUGGCUUUGGCCACCUGCAGCGCUCUGACUCCUCACCUCGCCGUCCUCACCUCCAGUGGCAUCAACUCGCUCUCCCUCCGGAUCUCCACGCAGGCCGAUAUGGUGGAGUACCAGGCUGGCUCCGGAGGCAGGCUCCUCCCUCAGCGCUACAUGAACGAGCUGGACAGCGCUCUGAUCCCCGUCAUCCACGGAGGUAGCGCUAGUGUACCGCAGACUGCCAUGGACAUGGAGUUCAUCUUCUACAUCACACACACCAUGUAACGCACACGCAGACCAUGACACACCUCUAAGUAUUGAAAAGAGAUCCACUUAACAAAAGGUGGUUGAGCACAGGCGGAGGAGCGGUUGAUCGUGGCGGGACGUGAUAAUGCCGCAGCUCAUUUUGCACAGCUGGGCGCGCAGCCGGUCACAGAGGACAAGUAGCAGCAUUCCCACUCUGAGGUUGGGGAUGUAAACUGACAUGAUGGUUUUCUGUUAAGGAACUGCGUCAUCGUUUGUGUGUUUCGUGCUCACCAAAGCUGCUUUUAACACAAGAAGCCAAACACUAAACAAGGAAUACGACAACAUGACCAAAUACAACUUAACUAUUCAAACCGUUUUCUUCUGCUCUGCCUUCCAGGCUCCCUGCAGGCCUCCGUCAGCCGGGAGCACCUCAGUGAAUGUUUCCCACAGACACUCGAAUCAAAGUGUCUCUCAUUUGGAUGUAUUUAUUGUAUUUUAAUAUGGGCUUACUGAAUGAAAUGAUGAUAUUAAAGCAACAUGAUCAGGUGCUACUGCAUACGUAGCCGGCCCAAUCUAAAAAAAAAAACAAAAAACAAAAUAACAGUGUUGAAAAGAAAAAUCGCAUCUCAUUUCUUCUAAAGGUACUAUGCUUUCAUUCCACAUGCUGGUUUAUGACGACAGGAAAACAGUUGGCCUCAUGCAAGAACAUUUUUGUAUUCUUAUCCUCAACUUGUGACUUUAUUUCCCCAAGUCAGAUCGACCAAACUCUGCACAAACUAGAGUCGUUUCAUCCUGAUGAAUGACACCUCGUCAUGCACAUUUGUGAGAUGCCAUAAUUAGCGUGAUCAGUGCUCAUAAAUUGCCAUAUAACGCGACCUGUUUCGCUUCAUAUGUGGGCCAGGUUUCAUAACCAACAAUCUCGCAUUAAUAAGAGGAACGUGAGAAAUCAGCAGAAAAAACACGACGUGUUCGAGCAGCGGUCGUAUUGGAGGAACCGAAACAAUUCCAAAAUAUUAAUUACAGCUGCCGACACUGAGUGGUCAGAGCGAAGGUGACAGAAAUAAAGAAGGAAUAUUCUGACAUGCUGUUAGAUGUUAAACAUUGUCUGGUGAGUAAGUGGACAUGGCAGUCAUGAAGGUGUUACAACUCCUGGACAGAGACCAGCUGAAGGCAGCUGAAUUGUAUGAAUUGGCAAAAUCUAUUAAUAAAAAUAGUUGUCAAACCUUAAGUGUAAGUUGGCAGCCAUGAUUCUGGUGAUGUGCUGAAAAGGAAUAUUAGUUCAGCAAGAAGUGUAGUUAACUUUCAAACCACAAAACACGAUUGAAGGUUUCAUCAGAUUUUAGUCUCCCAAGUAUUUUUGCAGGGCUGUAUAUGACUCGUAUGACAGGUCUGCACCAGUCAUUAAUACUUCUUCAUCAUUGUAAAUGGUUGAAAACGAAAUUGUGGUAAUUGGCCUAGAGUGUGUUCAUACGGGUGUUUCUUGCACGAGGCCCAUCAAUGUGUUUGGAUAAAUGUGGAGAGCUGUACUCUGUGUACUCAUCUAGAGCUUCCUCUUCAUUCAAGUUAUUCUGCAAAUAAAAAAAAGUGACGGGUAUCUGCUGAAGUUUCAGGGUUGGAAGGGAACUUCCUGUCCGGGAUGAAACUCAAGUUCAUUUAUAAAACUAAAGCUAACUUUUUGCCGUUAUUCUCAUUUUCACUACUCUCUACCAAGAUGCUUUUUACUGUAACUGUUUAAACAUUUGUGUUUUUUGAACGAGCAGCUGCUCCUGAGCAGCAAAGCGUCCCCUUUCAUGGCUGCCGAGUCUUUUCCAGCUCAAAUACCAAUGAUUUUUCUUACUUGAUGAGAUUUUACUUGUCUGCUUAAUUUUUGUUUCGAGUAUCAGUUAAAUGAUCAGAUUUUGCACAGCUGAUUGGAUCCUUCCAUCAGAUUUAAUUUUUGCAAGUCAUCUCACUAUUUUUUAGUUCUUAAUAUUUGGUGAUUCUAACUUUUAAAUGAACACAUUUUUGGAAAACGGGCUUAGGAGCUUUCUUGCCAAGAGUUAGAAGAGAAGACGGAGACCGCGCUCACAUCUGUCGGUUAAAUACGAACAUACAGCCAGCAGCUGGUUAGCUUAGCUUAGCAUAAACACUAAGAACAGAGGGAAACAGUUAAAACUGGCGUAACAGAAUCUGCCUACCAGCAACUUUAAAGCUGUCUGAUGAACAUAAUAUGAUCAAAAUAUAUUUAAAAUGUUAAAAAAAUCUGAAGUUAAGUUGUAACGACAAGUUCUGGUUUUACAGGACUAAUCCAACGCAAAUCCUCCCGUAAAACCACAACUUUGUCUUUUUCAUUUCGUCUUCUCAGGUGCUGUUUGGUGCAGGAACUCACAAGUAUUUUACCACACAGUGAAAAGCGUCACACCGGUGUCACAGUUUGAAUUUAUUUAAUGUAUUUUUCAGCUUUAAGGCACUCGGUGGAUCACAACUGGGAUAACGUCGCCCUUUUUUUUUUCUUCACCUGCUUCUAAGAUUACCGCAAAUUUUCAAGAUAGAUCAGAGCUGCCAAUUUCCUCGUACGAGAGCUGUGGUCUUGUGGCUAGUAAAUACGCAAAGAGGGUCCAUCCCCAAAUGCAACCAGGUUAGCAUCAACUGUUUUUGGGUAGCUUUGUGCAGUGUCUCGCAUCUCGUCCCAGAGUCUCACUUUUCAGUCAGGAACUUUUUCAGUCAGCUUUGUCCAAAAUGUAUAAACUGUAUGCAUGGAGAUUUUUUGUUUUGUUUUGUUGUUUUUUUUUUAAUGAUAGAGUUAUUUUUGGAAUCAUUGGUAUAAAAGUUUUAACUAAACAGAAUAAGAGUUCAUAUUUUUGAUAGGACAUCGGCUACAUUCGUUUUGCAGUUUGUGUAGCAAAGUUCCUUGAGCACUGAGAGGAAAAAACACUUACACUACACUAAACUUUGCAGUUAAUUCCAGAAAUAAACAAAUAUAUAAUUUUGUUAUAAGGUGGAAAAUAUCUAAUCCCAAAAUGCAAUGCUUAAAGGUGUAAACAUCUGAUGCUUUACAGCAGACGUAAUCUUUGCUUUUUAGCCAAUACAGAUCACAUGUUAUUUACUUCUUGUGCUGAAAAAAGUGUCUUAAUGCUCAGAGAGGAGACAUUUGAUAUUUAGUGGCCAUUGCUCAGUAAUUAUUGUCAAUUUAAAUAAUCAACACAACAUUAUUCAUUUUUUUCAUCAUAUAAAACAAGAGAAUGCAACUGGUAACCUGGUAGAAGCUUUUUUUGUGACUUAUAAACCUCCACAUUUACUUGUUCAAUGGCUAAUUCAGUCACGUUAAUAUGAUUUAAUGAUGAUAAAUUGCAUUCCUCUUCAUUGAGGCAGUUUGAUUUAGGAGGCAAAUUAUUAUCAGCUGGUUUGGACAAAAGCAGGUAGUUCAGUGUGAAUUGUUUAUUCUUUUCAUACCUGGAGAAAAGUUUAUUUAGUUUAUUUAAUGACUGACUGGCUGUGUUAAUAGGGGAAAACAUUGAGGUGGUGAUGUCACCUGUGAGUCACCUGUCCGCACAUAGCACGUGUUUAAUAAACACCUGAGAGGUGUUUACUAACAACAGCCACAACCGACUCUUGUUUCGAUGUCAGCCUGUCCACCACUGUGCUGCACACUGGAAUCUGUCAGAUGUUAUAUCGUACGGACACUCGUGGUCCCCAAAGGAUGAAGCCUACGGACUCUAGUGAUCCUCUGACUCUUCCUCUAGCGCCACCAGCAGAUGAAAAUUUUCACAACGCAAGUGAAAUAUCUAAACAUCUAUUGGAUGGAUUGAAACAAAAUGUUGUGCAGAACUCUUGACUUUAAAUAUUUAUAUAGUAUUAGCAGUAUAUAAACAUUUAAUACACUGUUUAUAACACUUUAAUGUAGUUUUAAGCAGAUACCCUUGUAUCAUUUUGAGUGUUUGAGUUUUUCAGCAGUGGUAAAGUCUCCUAAAGACAUUUUAGAUUACAACCUUUCUUUAGCUGUUUAUACAGCAGUCUGAAGGUUUUCAUUACAUUUACAACAAAUCUUUAACACCAACUAUUCAAGUGCAGUUUACACCUAAACAGCUUCCACUUACGAGUGUGCACAGGAGUUAAAGCUGUUCAUAAAUAUGCUAAUUAACAAACAUAAAUAAAAUUAUAUCUGCUUACAACUACGUUAGACUAUUUUAUACCAUUUAUUAAAUGUUUUUAUAUUGCUUAUAAAUGCAAUGUAUGUUCAACACUUUGUUUUAUGACCAAAUAUCUGCUAAAUGUUCUUAAACAUCUCCAUCAGCCUCAGCUGUCCUGUGUGCGUCGUACUAAUUAUUGAAUGUUAGCAUGCUAACACCUUAGCAAACAAUGGUGAUGAACAUGGUAAACAUCUGCUUUGUAUCGACAUGUUAGCAUUGUUAUUGUGAACAUGCUGGCAUUUAGCUCAAAGCAGCACAGCUGUGCCUGAGCUGCCAGCAUAGCUGCAGACUUCACAUCUUCACAUUCGUUUUCACCAACCAGUGUUUGGCUUCUAAAGUUGGACUCGCAACGCCCCAAAUCCAUCGCCCUAAUCUAGUGUUCCACCAUAAUUAACUUGUGGACCAGGUAGAUGAGUUAAAGACAAGUCUGCGGUGCAAGUGAACAUAUACAGUGACUGUGGAAGCAGAGAUGUUUGGCUUAAUCACGGUCAGCAGUCGCCCCCCUCUGACUGAUGACGGGAGUCUGUGCAAAUGUGGAAGUUAUUCAGUUUCCAAACACUUGUAUGAAAUUGGUUAUGACGCAGCGAAAGAAUAACGUUAACUCAUUGUCUGACCUGCACAAUCUCGAGGAAUGUGCUGUGUGGAGAAGCUAAUUACUUGCUAGCUAAAUCAGCAAACUCAACGAUUACGUCAUUUAAUACUAAAGUGGAAUUUCUGCCAGGAAAUUUAUAACGAGCUAGCAAGAGAUCAGCGGGGUGUGGGAAGAUUGCUCACCGUUCAGCGGUUCUGAAACAUUAAAUUUAAUAAUUAAAAAUGGAGAUUUGGGAAAGUAAAAGAUUGUUUUUACAUUUUGUUUAUUGUUAAAACGGCUAAAACAACACAGGCCUGAAAAGACUUCUGUAAAAAUUGACUAAAUUUAGUUGAAAACGUGUAAAUCGUUAUCACUGUAUUUUCAAUAUAUAACUGGUUCUACAGGAUCUGCUGGACCGAUUUCAUCGCAAAAGUGCUUAAAAAGUGAAAUCUAUUACAGACAGAGGAGUGUUUGACGUGGGUUAACAAGUGAGGUGCCACCGCAGUAUUGCAGACUUGUCUAUAUUCCCGCCUACAAACCUCGAUUGGUCUUUAAAGCUUAAUGCCUGAAUCAGCAACAGUCAGAAAUCUCUCGUGCAAAAACUGUUGUAACUUUAUCUGAUGAUUGUGUUAACCGAUUGUUCAUGUCGGACCACGACGCUCAUAUUAAGAAGCGGAUCACGGGUCUCUAAAGUGCAUCUUCACUGUCACUUGAUCCAUAAGCUGUUAGAAGACAUUAUAAUUUCUCCUGUAUAUCUGGCAGUGCUGUGUUGAAUGACAGUCUAAGUAAACACCAAGGCCCGUUUUUAAAGGGUGAAAUCUGAGUUUUGAUGCUUAAUAGAAAGUAAAUUGUGUGGGAGGAAAAGACAUGUUUCACCUACUGUGAAAAUAAUCUCAAGACAUACAUGCAUAGUUUCUGGACAGCUGAUUGAUCUCGACAAAGUACACCCCACGUUAUUUUCAAUAUUUGAAUUUGACAAACAAACAGAAGGAUUGAGUUUUGAAACAUCAUUUUCAUUCUAGUGUGAUCAAAACUUAAUUUCCACUCUGUCAUAAUGAGACGUCAAUUUAAUGCUUUAUGAUUGUUUCUGACUUGUUGUUUUGUGUAAAUCAUGUAUUUAUUCAUAAGAACCAGCUUUAUUUGGUGAACCUGGUAUCUGGGUCAUGAUCAGUUUCUGAGUAGCUCGUAUAUUUAAAGAAAAUAAAAUGAGUUUUAUGAAAAAUGU